AACUAGCACUCAUUUUGUUUUCCAAUUUUCUGAAGUCGGGAUUUGAAAAAGAGGCAAGAACAAUAAGGAGGUUGAGUUGAGGCUGCUCGUGUCAUCAUCGAUUCAUUCUCAUUCUGUUUCUUUAGAUGUGAAGUCGUAAAUAAGAUCAGCUAUGUAACUUGAAUUUGUUUGAUCAUUCUCACGUUUCAUUCAAUAUUUUCUUUUCAACUGUGUGUACAAGAUUCGGAUCGACACAUACCACUAACAUCGAUGCGAGGCAAGGUAAACAGAACUGGUGAUAAUCGUGAUAAUACACAACGUGGGUGAAGUUUUACAGGGAAUUCCUAAGGGUUACCUUCAGUCACUUCAAGGAGCUCCUUUGAAAAAUGACCCAGUCUAGAGCCAAUGGGCUUCAAAGCCAAAACAAAGAGGAAGCACAUAGUCAAGGAAUAACCCAAAACAAUACAGAAGAUAGGAGCUCCAAUACUGGUCAAGAAGUAUUUAGUUGUAAAGAAAAGUAUGAAUUACCCUUUGAGAAAUAUAUAAAAGCACUGAGGCCAUGGUCAUUUUCAGCCAGCAUUGUCCCAGUUAUUCUUGGAACCGUGAUUGCAUGGAAAGAAACACACAACCUGAGUAUUGUGUCAGCAUUAUUAGCUUGUAUUUCAAUUCUAACAGUUCAUGGUGCUGGAAAUUUAGUCAACACAUACUAUGAUUUCAUAAGAGGGAUUGACAGCAAGGAGUCAGAUGACAAAACUCUUGUCAAUAAAGUGCUGCAGCCAGAUGAAGUUGUCAGAUUUGGCGUUGGCAUCUACAUCAUUGGGUGUUUGGCAUUUCUUGGAACUCUCUUGACAUGUCCUGCAAGGGUUGAUCACCUUGCUUUGUUGUUUUUUGCUGGAAUGUCAGGCUCUUUUCUUUACACAGGUAGCAUUGGCUUGAAGUAUUAUGCCCUUGGAGAUCUUGUCAUCAUCCUUACAUUUGGUCCAAUAUCAGUACUCUACGCAUAUUUGGUUCAGUGUCACCAUCUUUCUAUAUCACCUCUCUUGUAUGCAAUUCCACUGGUAAUGAAUACAGAGGCAAUCCUUCAUAGCAACAAUACAAGGGACAUCAAAGCAGACUUACAGGCAAAUGUACUGACCCUUGCAAUCAUGCUUGGCUUCAAGUUAUCGUAUUUGUUAUAUUGUGUACUGGUAUUCGUACCAUAUCUGAUAAUGCUCCUAUUUGUUAUGCAUAUAUCUGUAUUGUUUGUAUUACCAAUGCUGACCAUAAAAAUGGCAUUAAACCUUGAAAAGGACUUUCGCUUUAAGAGACUUACAUUUAUAGCACAAAAUACAGCCAAAUUAAACUUGCUGUUUGGUCUGCUAUAUGUAGUGGCGUUUGCUCUCAGUUAAAUGUAUUACUGUUCAAAGAAGCUAGAUAUUUUUCAAUUGAGUUUAGGAUUUAAACAAGAUAAUAAGACUUGUAAUGUAAUUUAGUCAACAAAUGGGUUUCGAAAAGAAUUGUCAAAUAUCUGAGUGCCAAUCCUUCGUUUGUGGUACGUGAUAAUAUUAAACAUAAACGAUGAAAUUGAAGUUGAAAUCCUUCAAUGUGGUAUGAUCCUAAGAUAUUACAAAUAGACACUUAAAGUUUGCCCCAAUAGCUGGAAUGAACUUAAAAAGCCAAUCCAAAAUGGGGAGAAUCAUUGGUUGAUUAUCAGCAGUUUUAAUAUUCCAUUUAUUUGCUCUAUAGUGAACGAGACGUCCAAAUGGCAAUGGGUACGCCCAAAAGUUUGCUUUUCUCAACCCCCUUCCUUAGCCCCUGUACGGGCUUAUUCCUUUUCUGACCGACUCCCAACCGCUUCUCGUUGUGCAGACACCUCAAUAGCCUACAAGUAAAAAACUGAAGCGGACAAGAAACCAUACAAUCUCUCAGAGUGGAAAGUGGUAUUAAAUUUGAAAAAGCCAGCCAGAGGCGUAUCUUGACCUUCCGGAAAAAUAGUAAAAUUUACCGAUAAAGACAUGGAUGAAGAGACAAACUUUCCGGUAUUUUCUCUAUACCUUUUUACAUCACUUGCUCUCUUUCAGAGGCCCCCAAAAACUAGGAGGACUGAGGAAUCUAGAGAAAGAAGCUAUGAUAUUUUUGCAACCACACCCUUUUUAAAAACAAGAUUACACAUUUCAAGUCAACACCGUUACAACCACGCUUCUUAAAACAGAAAACUUUUGAAUCGAGUAAAUUUGAUAGAAAUUUAAUAGUUAAUUGAUAAAUUACUCCGAUGAAGCCCUGUAUGCCGUUGCGAAAUAUUAGUAUUCCUUAAAUUUAAUUUAUUUUUAAAAAUUUUAUCUCGUUACAUUGGA